CUCCCACCCUCCUCCUCCUCGCACCGUCCGCCUCCUCCUCCUCGCUCCUCGCGCCGCCGCCAUCCUCCCUCCCUUGUCGGCGCCGCGUCGCGAUCUUGUAGCCGGAUUCAGAUACUCGAUGGCGGGGCGCGGGAAGGCGAUUGGCGCCGGGGCCGCCAAGAAGGCGACGUCGAGGAGCUCCAAGGCCGGGCUGCAGUUCCCCGUCGGGAGGAUCGCCAGGUUCCUCAAGGCCGGCAAGUACGCCGAGCGCGUCGGCGCCGGCGCGCCCGUCUACCUCGCCGCCGUCCUCGAGUACCUAGCCGCUGAGGUGCUGGAGCUCGCCGGGAACGCGGCGAGGGACAACAAGAAGACCCGCAUCGUGCCGCGCCACAUCCAGCUGGCGGUGCGCAACGAUGAGGAGCUGACCAAGCUGCUUGGCGGCGCCACCAUCGCCAGCGGCGGCGUGAUGCCCAACAUCCACCAGCACCUCCUACCCAAGAAGGCGGCGUCCUCCAAGGCCUCCAGCGUCGACGACGACGACAACUGAGGAGAAGAAGCCCCCCGCUUCCGCCCUCGCCGCCGCCUCCACCCAUCAUCUCCUCUGGGUAGGAUCCUUUUAGGUGUUCGUCUGGAUUCGUUGAGCUGUGUUUGUGUCGUUCGGGCAGUUUGGAAGAUGCAAGAAGAAAUCUUAGUUGUUUGGUUAGGUUUUACUGGCCUGAUAGGCUGUUAAUAUGACGAAUUUUUUGGUAAUUCAAAUCGGAUGUAAGCCCGGUGGUGAUGUUGCUUUGGUUGGAAAAAUGAGCAACAAAAUGAAACUGAAACUGAGUCUCUUUUCAGAGAUGUUCUUUGCUUUUGUUUUGAACUGAAAUGGAGUGGAAUACUUGUUUGUGGAAA